AUGUCAUCUUUACUACUGCCCAACUUCUUCAAGCUACGUCAAGAUGACGGCGUCCUUCCCUUGCACCACAUAGGCACCCUUCACACGUGUUCUGCGGAACUCGAGCGAGUACAAACACUCACUACGUCGUUAGAUCACCAACCGGCCCCGUCGCCAGUUAUUAAGCAGCGGGAGGAAUCAGUGAGGCCACCUCUUGCCAUUCUAUGCGCCCUUCUGCACAUCACUCUCGUUCUCCUCCACGUUGUUAUUCUUGCGCUCAACAUUUCGGGUAUCGAGCAUCGUCUAGUCGUCCUGAUCACAUCUGGAAAUGAAAUCUGGGUGACUAUAUUGAGUGCAUCAUCACAGGCCUUUUAUGCGAUCUAUUGCGCGGUACUCGUUUACCUAAUGCAACGAUUGACACUCUUCAGGAACCUCACACAACGCCAGACGGUAACCGUUCUUCAUGACACGGUGAACGCAUGGAGCGGCCUUGGUUCUGCUCUGGAAUGUCUUUGGCGGCAAUCAACUGUCCCUGCAUCAUGGUGGAGCAUAUUAUCAAUAACGGUCUAUCUUGCAUGUGUUUUCACCUUUCACGUGGUUUCGUCAUCCGUCAUUCAAUUGCAAACGUUCAACGCCACCGUGGAUGUGUCCGCGACGAAAUUCUCGUACUGGCCUAGUCCAGACGUAGAUAUGAUGGCAAUUCAGUGGCAAACCAUCAGUGCAUUAGUUCCUACAUUAGGUCACUUCGCCAAUCUUCAAGAAAUGGGGCUCGAGGGUGCUACUCUGUACGACACCAUUCAGUCUAACGAUAUAUCUGGCCACGCCAUCGUGAAUGCGACGUCUUUCAGAGCGAAUUGCAGAUUGGUUCGCAAUUCGGUAUUGACCUAUUCUUAUGAAAUUGAUACUGACAACUUCGGAUAUUAUACACUCAAACCGCCGAUCUCAAAUCGCACCAUGAAAUUUAGGGCUAGACUUGUAGCUCCGUUCCCAGAUCAGGUCGCGAUCAAUCCUGCCAUGUCCUCGUUCUUUCCAGGACCGACCGUUGCUUUCAUGGUUUCGACUGCUGUGAAUUCGGGCAACUUAUUCGACAAUGAAACUGUUCAACACAUGUAUUGGGAAUAUCCUUCAAUAACCUUUAUAGGUAGUCCCCAGCCCCCCCUAAUUUCCAGCAUGUACGAUGUUCAUAUAGUAGCAUGCACAAUUGAUAUUCAACCCCAUGCCGCAACUAUUGAUGUACAAACCAAUCAACUACUGGGUCUUUCCCCACCCCCUGGGCCGGUUGCUUUCAGGGAAUGGGAAGUAUGGUCCGCGCCGGAAGAAGAACCCAAAUGGGAUAUUUGGUCACCGCCAUCAGCAAGUGCAUUGCAUCAUGAAAAAUGGCAGAUUGGAAUAAAUAUUGUCUUUCCCCACCCAACAUUGAACUUUGUUGGGGGCCUGGGCAGAGCUCCGCCACGUCCGAGGGAGGUUCUGUGCAGUCGUGACCGAUUUGAAUCGGCUCUAUCAAGGGCCUAUGCCGCAGUUCUAUGGACAGGUGGACAGCUCGGCGCCGACGGUGGUGGGUUUAAUCGGAGCGUUGGAAAUACCACCAUUUCGCAGCAGCUUCUGCAGUGGCAUCUUGGUGUAAGGCUCAGAAUCGUUCAAUAG